AUGGCCAAAGCCGAGUCCGAUCUCAGAUCCAUCCUCGAUGGUGGCUUCGAUCCUCAGAAGUUCCCCUGGUACGAACCUGAGUUGAUCGAGGCUCCUGAGCCUGCAAAGACUCUCCUCGAGAAGUAUAGCAAAAUCCCGCCUGAUCAGGUGGUGGACCAUGUGAAGAAAGUGUUCCCGUACCCUUGCAUUGGAUCAUUCCGGUUCCUAGAUUUGAGCAUCCCGCAAUCACCGCUAUACCCCGAGGUCCUUGACAGACUGAAGUCUGGCCAGAAACUGCUUGAUGUUGGAUGCGCGGUGGGGCAAGAGUUGCGUCAACUGGUCUUCGAUGGGGUCCCCUCCGAGAACCUCUAUGCUUCAGACCUGCGCCAAGACUUCUACGACAUUGGGUACGACCUUUUCAACGACCACGAUCACCUCAAAGCCCAGUUCAUAGUAGCAGACAUCUUCGACGACAACUCCGAUCUAGUGAAGAACCUGACCCACAAAAUUGAUAUUGUUAAUGCGGCUUCUUUCUUCCAUCUUUUCAAUUGGAACCAGCAGGUCCUUGUUGCGAAGCGGCUCGUCGGGUUACUCCAGGAUAAAACUGGCUCUCUCCUAAUCGGGCGCCAAAUUGGUCUAAUCAACCCUCCUCCUCCGGAAGACGAGGAGGCCGCUGGGAAGCACUAUCGUCAUGAUCCUGCUACGUGGAAGAAGUUCUGGAAGCAGGUGGGUGCUGAAACGGGGACGAAUUGGGAGGUUGAGACCAGGAUGGAGAAGUGGGCUGGGGCAGAUAAGAUGAUGAAAGACUACCAUGAGGGGAUGGACACUUUCAAGCUGAGAUUUAGUGUUCGGAGGCUGUGA